CAAGAUUCAUUCAACACACAUAUUCUGAGAAAGAAACAAAGAAAGAAAAGAAGAGAAUGGAAUAUGAAUGCAGCCCUCUUAACUUGGAAUUCUUCUACCAAGAAGAGCAGGGGUUAGAGGAGUUAACGCAUUCUCUUCUAUUCACAAACUUAGAGUUAGAAGCAACAAUUGAAUCAGCGAAAGAAGAAAUCGCAGCCAGAGAAUGCGAAUUACACCAUCUAAAUGACCUUUUAGCCCUUGCCAUGAAAGGAAGAGAUGAAGCUGAAGAAAAAUGCAAGAAGCUGAUGCUAGAAAAGCUUGAAGUUCAAACAACAACAUCACAGAACGAAGAGAAUGAGAUUCAAGGGUGUUGUUCUUCGGAAUCGGAAGAAAACAGCAGCAGCAGCAUAAUCAAUCAAAACCAGUCAAGAACGGAAGAAGUGAUGAUGAUGGAAUUAGCGGAGAAGAGGCCGUUGCCGGAGAAAGGAAAGCUUUUGAAGGCGGUGGUGGAAGCAGGGCCAUUGCUGCAGAGCAUUCUUCUUGCAGGUCCAUUGCCACAAUGGCAGCAUCCUCCUCCACAACUCACUUCCAUUGAGAUCCCACCACUCACCGUUCUUUCUUCUCCAACUCUCUCCAAGAAACGGGAGAGAGAGACGGACCUUUUCUCGCUUUCAAAAGAAGCUGCUGCUGCCGCCGUUGACCUUCCUCUUUCAAAAUCUACAAAGACAACACCAUUACCUACCACUACUGCUUCCCAUCAUUUUCUACCACCACACCCGUCAUUUUCUUAAGGUCGGUUUGAUAAUUAUCUCGCCACAAAAUUACUCUAAUACUAAUACAGGAAAAAGAAUAAAUAUCUUUUUCCAUUUUUGAUCAUUUGUGUCUCUAAUUAUUUAAGUAAUUGGUAUAACAGUUGUUGUUACUCACCAUUUACAACAACUAUUUAGACCAAUUAUUUAAAUAUUUAGAAAUUAAUUAGGUUCAAAUUGUGGAAAGACAUUUUCUGUUUUAGACAAAUGAUCAAAAAUUAAAAAAAGACAUUUGCUCUAAAAAACAAGACGAAUAUAAAAGUUGGAUAAAAUAUCUGUCUUGUUUUUAUUUUUAUUUCUGUAUUUUUUUUGUUUCGAAAUAUUUAUCAAAUUCCAGCUUAAGAGUUGUGUUAGAUAUAUUCACUUCUUUACUACUAAAUUGAAAAUGAGACGCUAAUUAAUUAGGUCUUAUAUUUCCUUUAGCGGUAAAAGGGUAGUAAAUUAACAUAGUAUACUAGAAAUAGAGAGUGAAAAUGAUAUUUCCCUUUUGCCAAAUAUUUCAUUUUGCAAAGCAAAUCAGGAUGGAACAGGUGGCCAUUGUGAAUCACCCCUACCUUUGUCCCUUUUCUCUUUUUAUCAUCAACAAACCCUGACCUACUACUACUUUUGUAAGCUGGGGAAAAAGAGGUUCAAUUGUUUAGCAACUUUAUUAGCAUUUAGUGUUUCACUAGUUAAUCUUCUUGUUUUUAUGUAUGUAAAGGUCAAAUUGGGGUUGGAUUAUUCUCACAGGAAUUCUUGGGAAUGAAUUAACUAACCUCGUCUAAAUUAUGACACAAUUUUGUACUUUGGUAACCUAGCUUCGAAAAAUGG